AUGUACAUAGUCCGCGCCCGGCGGCCGCCGCUCACACCGCAACCCCGAGGCGCCCUCUUCACACCGGCCGCCGGCGGCGAACGGUGUGCGCCGCGGCCUAAUUUCCACUCGUACUCCCCACGUGUUGAUGCGUCAACAUCGGCAUGUCUCUCCGGUAAGCGUCGGGAAAGCGGCGAGUUGUUCCAGAUCGGCCGUUGCACGUCUUAUAAUUGCGAAUUGAAAGACUGC